UCCCAGAGACAGCAGCACUGCUUUAACACGGAGCCAUGCACAGUGAGUAUGCGUCAGAAGUGGACAUUAUUAACAGCGGAGUACAGCAAGGUAGUGGUGCACAGAGCCCGAAAUAAAUAUUAAAAUCACCAGGAAGAAACAAAACGAGAAGAGGCCCAGGACACGGCGAAGGGAUGGAAUUCCCUGUGGAUUUACUGACAGACUUCAGUCAUGAAGACCUGGAGCACUCAGCUGAGGACUACAUGUCUGACCUUCUGUACAGCGACCCCAACAACCCACAGUACUUCACUCUGCCCAGCCGAAGAAAGAUUCCCCUGAGACUUUCCUCUGUUGGCUAUGUGCCUCUGUACGGAGCCGAUCUGAAGCACAAAGUCUUGGCUCUAUUUGCACCAGAGGACCAAUUCACAGCUGCUGCCCUGUAUUUGGCUGAGCAGUGGUGGGCUGUAGAAGAUAUCCUAAAAACCUCAGUCCCCUCUCGAAACGGACUGGUGAAGGUGAGAUCACUGGGGGAGAGGAUAGUUCUGUAUGUACUCAAUCGCAUUGUUUACAGAACCCAAGAAAUGAGCACAAGCCAAGUUCCUUUUCUUUGUCACAGUGAAAGUGAUUUUGCUAAAAUUCUGUGGAAGGACGGAGAGGCUGUUGGAUUUUAUUCAGUCAAACCUGAAGGAAGCCUGUGCAGCAGCUUCCUCACCCAGUGCUACCAGCUCCCAGUCCUGGACUCCAUAUUCCUGAGGAAGCAGCACCGUGGCAAGGGACAUGGCUUACAGAUUCUGGAAGAUUUCGUCGACUGCUUUACAGAGGACGCUCUGGGCUUGAGAUACCCGCUUUCGCCUGCCAUGUACAAAGUGUGUGCGCAAUACCUGGACAAGUACCCAGGAGACCAGGACCUGCUUUGGGAAGUUGAAGGAAUCGGAGGCUUGUUCCAGAGAGUCCACGUAUCUAGCAGAAUCCAAGCCCAGGCACUGAAAGAAACAUACCAAGCUGUGAGAGAAGCGUCUUUGCCUCAGGCUGUAGCCGAGAGUAAACCUGUCGAAUCUGAAGAGCGCAUGGAAGCAGAAACACAGCAGAACUCUGACAAGGUAGAACCAGCAAAGGAUGAAGAACAGAUGAACAAUACAGAGAUUGUUUUAGAACAUUCUGGAAACACGUCUGUCUCAACGCGCACCAGGAGCAGUCACUACAGGCGGAAGAGAUUAAGAGAAGAGGAAGAGGAGGAGGAGGAGGAGGAGGAGGCUGAAAUAAGCACUCCACAGCCAACACCUCCAGACAGAACUAUCAGCUCUGAACCCGUGGAAGCUGCAGGAGAAACCCCUGUGGAGGAACCAGAAGAGGAAGCUGAGGAACCUCAACGAGACCAACCUGAGGCAGAACCUGAGGAGACACUGGAGGAAGCAAAGAGAGAGGAGGAGGAGCUGGACACUGAGCUGUUAAAGCAGCCUGACGUGGAGCCUGUCAACGGGGAGGUGAUCGAUGAGCUGACCCAGACAUCUUCAGGGGCUGAGGAGGCGGUGGAGAAAGAGCAUUCGGACAGGGCGUCGAUCGCCCAGUCUGACAGCGUGGAGCAGGAGGCAGGGACCACGGAGGCUGCAGAUGAGCCAGCGCAGGAUGACACACAAGACGAGGGGGACGUGGAUGAAGCGGGUGAAGUGGAUGUAGAAUCUCUUGAGGAGACACAACAGCAGGAAGCUGCCUCCCCAGAGGGAGACGCAGAGACGACAGCAGAGAACAAGGGGCCUGCGGGGGACAAAGAGGCUGCCCCGGAAUCUCCUGACGACACUGCAGCAGAGCCCUGCGAGGAAACUGCGCAUGACAGAGCUGUGAACUCAGAGCAAACAGAAGAGAGAACUGGGAAAGCUACUGAAACUGUGGUGGCUGCGGAGGAACCAGAGGAAAGUUACCAUGACAACGAAGCCGAACAGGUAGAACUUCAAACCCCGAUGGACUUGAGUCAGGAUACGCUGCUGCUGGUGGAACUCAAAGACGUGUCUUUCCAGCCACAGAUGGAGGAACACGAGGACCAAGUGAAAGAGCCGGCCGAGGAGCUGGAGGAACAACCAGAGCAGGAUUCGACACCGGCUGCCAAGGAAAAGGCUGUCGAGAGCAACUCGGACGAGACAGAGAGUGAGCCUCCCAAUGUGGACAGGAGAGUUCUGAGGAGGAAGGCUAAAGCGAGCAGGGGCCCAAGUAAGAAACGCAUCAAGACUUCCACUUAAAAACCAAAACACACUGACGGAGCAGCUACAAAUCAGCGACUGAUAUUUUCAAAUUAGGUGUAAUUGGCAUUGGGUACAGGAUUUUACUGGGAUUUUUUUUUUUUCCCAUUUAUAUAACACUGCAAAAACUGAACACUUUUUUAAACAAUUUGAUUUUUUUAAGUAAAAAAAAAAAAUCCCUUUCCCAAAUGUAACCAAGGAAUUUUAUAUUCACUAAAGUGCAGCAUUGUUAUUUGUACAAAUUAGUCUAUUUGAAUGCUAGAAUUGGUUGUUGUCUUCAUCCAGAUUAUAAGUAGGUAUAUUAU